GCUACGUACCUUGUGCUCGGGACUCGGGCGGGCCGGGGACAGCCGAGAGCGCUCCCAGGGCGCAGAGCCACGCCGCCGCCGCCCCCAGCUGGAGCAGUGGCCGCCAGAGGCCGGCCAUGGGGCGCGAGGCGGGCGGCGGGGAGUUCCGCGCCUCUCCGCCUCUGAGCGCCCUGCAGCGAGGCGGAAUGGCGCCGGAGGAGCGACGCUAUCGUGCCGGCCAGCUGCGGGGCGCAGAGGAUGGCCAGUUCCGCUCGCGAUCCCCUUUCGCUUUCGCUUUUCACCUUAGGCGCCGAGGGAAUUGUCUCCGGCUGACUUGGCGCCGGGAGGGGGGGGGCUGGAGAGAGGGGGGAGGAAGGCGCGGCUGUUCUGGACAGAUCUCAGUCCCUGGGGAGCCGUCUCCGUCGGGAGCAGCCGUGCAGGGGCACAUUCGGAAGGAGAGGGUCUCUUCCUGACAGUCCCAGCCACUGCCCUCCCCCGGCUUUUAUUUUCUCUUAUUAUUUUUGUGCUGCUGGGUUGAGAAUGAGAUCCUUGGUCAUGCCUUCUACCACCACAAGGGAGGGGGGCGUGUUAGCUGCUGAGAAGAGUCUUCUCAGUGGCUGACUCCUCUCCUUUCGCUCGGAUUGGCUCCAAUCAGCAGGGAAGGACAAUGAAGCAUGCCAGACGACUCUUCUCGGUGGCCAACAUGCUCCACUUUCAUGCUGGAGAGGUAGGCUGCCUGCUCCCCAAAAGAUUCGGCAGAAUUGGGUCCGGAGGACAGGAGCAGCUGCAUAUUUUGUGUUCCUAAGAAAAACAAUUCCUCAAGUCGGUUCAUGUCAGCUAUGAGGCACAGAUCCUGGCAUUCACAGAGACAAUCACUAUCUGGUGAGCCAGGAAUUUCCUAGGUAUGUGUUUGGAAUUAAACGUCCCUGAAAUCUUUGGAAUUCCAUGCUUAUCCCUUGGACUACGAAGCAGAAAGAACCAGUUUCCAACUCACCAGCACAAGGGUCAGCCUACCGUUAAGGACAAAUGAAAACGAAACUAAAAGAAAUGAAGCAAACUGAAAGUGGAGUUCAUAUAUGCAGGAUGUGCGCUCAGUUCCACCUGAAGCAUGAGGUGAUUUAUUCACACCCUCCUAACUUGACUCAGUACUUCCUUCCUUUGACCGAUGCUGAAUUUCAAGAGCGCCUGGAGCGACGCAAGGGAGAAAUCGCCAUCAUGUUGAGAUCGUCAGAGUUCAAUCAAGACAAGACCACCUUGAUUGUGACUAACAACCCCUUUCCUCUCUUCAUUUCCGGGCAACAGCUUUCAACACCUUUCCAGUAUUUUCCCGAAGACCUGUUAGGACGGGGUGUAAGCCGCCAGGAGUCAAGCCGCCUACCCCCACUGACAUUGUCACAGAGGCAGCUGAUGGGUCCAAGUGUAAGGAAACUGCAGAAACCUGCGGAAUUCAGGUUUGCCACCAAGAAGGAUUUCAAGAGUGAAGCACAUUUUUCAAAAGGUUAUGCUGAAAGGCGGCUGCAGAGAUUGUACCCCCAACUGCAUACUCACUCGAGACUUGGUCCAAAGAAACCGGAACCUCUUCCUUUUAUCCAAGGCUGGUCCCCUUUGAUGACCAACUGGGAGCCUCUCACCAUUUCAUGCCUGGCUGAAACAAGGCGCACUAUUAUUGCGCCAGGAGACGAUGGCUUCAGGUAUGGGAAAGCCCCGCUCUGGAUCAUUGAUAGCUCUGUUGUACCAAGACAUGCCAAAUAA